AUGUUUUAUGGGACUAAUAGUAUAACAGGGUUUUUUUUUAAAAAAAUACGCAUAGUGAAGGGGUUGAAAAAUAAUGAAAAGAAAUAUAUGUACUGCUCAUAUAUUCGGAAUGAUAUAUCAAUAGAGAAAGACAAUAUUUGUCGAAAUUUUCAAAACAUAAGAGCACAAGCUUGUAUUAGCUUGAAAUAUAGUAGAAUGGACGCAAACGUUGAAAAAAAAUUAAUCAGUAAUUAUAGAGUAAAAAUCGAAGAAAAAAAAGCUAAUGAUAAUAGAAGUGAGGACAUUUGUGAUGACAACAAAAAUAACGAAUAUGUCAUUGAUUAUGAUAAAACCAAAGAGAAGAAUAUAAGUGAUAGUAUUGAAAAAGAGGAUGCUGUUUUAAGUUCUAAAAUACCUAAAAAAGAUACCAUGAAUAAGAAUCAUGAGCUUAUUCUAGAAAAUGAAUAUAAUGAUAUGAUAAAUGAACAAAAUAAUAAUAUUAUUAAUUCCAGUUUAGGAAAAUUUACAAAUACACAGAAAAAAUAUAUUUACAAAUUUGAAAAGUUUUCCGUAUUUUCAUUUAAUAUACUUGCAAAUAGUUUAGUAGAUUAUAAAUAUAACAAUAAUUGUCCAAUUGUUAUGAAAUGGAUGAAUCGAAAAAAAUUAAUAUAUAAAAAUAUUAUAAACAAACUAUCAGAUAUAAUAUGUUUACAAGAGAUAGAAGAAUCGUAUUUUAUAGAGCUACAAGAAAAAUUAAAACCAUUAAAUUAUAAGGGAAUAUUUUUAAAAAAAAACAAAGAGACAUGCCAAGAUGGUAUAUGCAUAUUUUACAACACUAAGGUUUUUGAGUUAUUGUUUGUUGAUAAAGUUAUUUAUGAUAAAUCGAUUUUUUUUAAAAAAUGGCAUGCUGGUUUAAUAGUUGCAUUACGAAAUUUAAAAUCUAAAAAAAUAGAAUAUUAUGAUAGUAAUAAAGAUGAUUGUAAUGAACAAAUUAAUGAUAAUUUAAAAAAUAAUAAUAAUAAUUCUGCUAAUAAUACUCAUGAUAUUAUUAUCGUUUCGAAUACACACUUAAUUUUUGAUUCAAGGCACGGAGAUAUUAAAUUAUAUCAGUUAUGCUAUUUGACAUAUCGUUUAGUUUUUAUGAUUAAUAAAUGCAUAAAAUAUAUUAAAGAAUGUGUAAAACAAGAAAAAAAGGAUAAAGGACUUAUAGACAACUCAGAAGCAAAUACUAAAGAAGAUGAAAAAAGCGAGCUUAAUGAUAUUCUUAAACCCGCCAUAAUUUUUUGUGGGGAUUUUAAUUUAACUCCUAAUAGUCUUUUAUAUUAUUAUAUAACUAAUAGAUAUAUAAAUUUAAAGAAUAUAAAUUUAAAAAAUAUAUCAGGACAAUAUUUGAUGUUUAAAAAACAGUUAUAUAUUUACAAUUCUUUACAUGGUAUAAAAAUAAAAAAUAUAUUUGAUGAAAAUAUAUUGAAUGACUUAAAAUAUGAAAAAUAUAAUAAUCUAAUGGACAAUUUGAAAAAAGAAUCUUUAUUUUCGUUUUACAAAGAUGAAAAUAUAUUAAAUUCAGAAUAUUUAAUAAAUAUGUUUUCAAAAAAAAGAAUGAAUUUAAAAGAGUUAGAAUCUUUUGAGUAUUCCUUUAAAAAAUUUAAAAAUAAAUCAGAUGAAGAAACACAUGAAGAUGCAUCUUCGGACGAUACCGACUCUAAAAUAAAUAAAUCGAUUUGUGUUUCUAAGCAGGAGGAUAGUGUAUCUAAAUUUGACGAAAAAGAGAAAAAUAAGUCAAUAAAUUAUAAAACAGAUAAAUAUAAUGAAAACGAAAAAACCCGUGCGGAAACACAUGAAGAUAUAAAUAUUAUGGAUAAUGAUGAUCAUAAUUUUAUAUUAUAUUAUCCUUUAUAUUUAGAAAGUAUUUAUAAUGGUGGCGUUCAAAAUAAAAUAGAAAAAGAUUGUUAUAAAUAUGAUGAUAUUGAAAAUUUGAAUAAGAGUAGUACAAAUUUAAUGAUAAGAAACGUCCCAUUUACUGUUUUUCAUGGAAAACAAAAAGGAUGUGUUGAUUAUAUUUUUUAUUCAUACAAAAAUCUUAAGAGAAUAUCAUGCACUAAUCUUCCUUCUUUUGAACAACUUGAAAAAUAUGGAUGUCUUCCAAAUAAAAAAUAUGCUUCAUCGGAUCACCUAUAUUUACACGCCACUUUAAUUAGAAAGAUGGAAGAAUAA